UAUUCGCUAUUUGUGCCCUUCUUCCGACGAAUCCUUCAUCUAAAAGUUCACUCCUCUUCCUCGACGUUUUCUUCCCAUAUCUAUUCCUCCGACGAACUUGUUGAAUGGUAGGAGAUUCUUUGAGGUCACCCCCUUUCCCUGUAUCAAAGGACUCCACCGCCGUCUUUGCAGGUGUUGGUGCCGCCUUAUCAUCCUCCGUCGCCGGCCCCAUCGCUUGCUGCAUGGAGGGCUGGCACUACCGCUGCCUCGCCCUCGACCCUUAGAUAUCCGCCUCAUCGAUAUUCUGUUGAUAUUGUCCUUCUAGCUCCUUAUCACCGUCGAUCGCCAUGUCCCUGCUUCCCCCGCCUACGCCAUCAAGAAAGAGGCUUGAGAAAGGCGAGAAGACGAGGAGUAAGAGUAAUGGAAGAAAGGAGAGCAAUCGGAUCCUUAUCACCGUAACCGUGCUUGGUAGUGCUGGCCCGAUCCGCUUUUUUGUUAGAGAAGAGGAACUUGUAUCUGCUGUCGUGGGGACGGUUCUCAAGGCUUACGAACGCGAGGGCCGCCGCCCCAUUCUCGGCCGCAACCACUAUGAUUUCGUCCUUUACCACGCCUUCGAUGGAUCCCAUGGUUUGAAUUCAUGGGAACCCAUCGGAUCCUUUGGGAGCAGGAAUUUUCUGCUGUGCAAAAAACAGAGGCUGUCUGGGGAGGAGUGGCAAGCAACACCCGGGAGUGAAAUGGGAAAGAAAGGCAUGGGUGUCUGGAUGGCCGGCCUGAAUAGGUCACUUUCUUUGAUCUCUUCUUAGUGAAUGAUCCCAUAUAUGGUGGCUAGUUUAACUACUGUUGCCGGGCGAGAUUGGUUGCUCCUUAUUCCUAAAUCAUGGAGGGGAGAUAUGGAGUAUAGGCCAAGGGGAUGCUGCUUUCUCUCGAAGUAUUUAUCAAUCGAUAUCGUUCACUGACUGUUUCUGAUUUUGUACAAGUUGAUAACAAAGGACAUU